AUGGCCGACCCCGAGUUAGAGGCGAUUCGACAGAAACGAUUGGCAGAACUUGCUAGUCGAGAGGAUGGCCCCAGUUUACCAUCCUCAGUUAUGUCGAAACUGGGUGGCCAGCCUGCAGGUGGCGGCGAAGAAGACGCGAAGAAGGCCGAAAACGAAGAGAUUCGCAGAACAGCAGUAAGUCAGAUAAUCGAUAACGAUGCUCGCGAACGAUUAUCGCGCAUUGCUUUGGUGCGACCCCAACGUGCACGACAAAUUGAAGAUAUGCUCCUAAGGAUGGCUCAAUCUGGUCAGCUGAGAGGAAGGGUUACGGAGGAACAGCUGAUCAGUGUUUUGGACCAACUGGAGCGUGCGGAAAGUGGCUCUACUGCAUCUGCCAACGAACCCAAGAAAAUUACUUAUGUGCGGAAAGAUGCAUUCGAUGAUGACGAUUGGGAUUUGUAA